AGCAGAGUCGGGAUUAGAACCCAGCUCCCCUGGCUCCCCAGCCUGUGCUUUAUCCAUGCUGCAUCUUUUUUGCAAGUGGAAGAACCUACUUUAGCAGAAACCCUUAGAGUUCCAAAUGUACAUAGUAUAUUUUGAGAAGAAGUUGCCUGUUUUCUGAGACUUUAUUUUCUUACUCUUCUUUUUGCCAGAGAGAGCUACAAAGGUAUUUUUGUAAAAGUAAUUUCUAGUGGUAUUGAGCUGGGAUCUAAAAAAGGCAGGGAGAGGUUUCUAUUUCCCACUGAGCUGGGGAAGAGAACAGGAGGAUGCAAAGGAAAGGGAAGAUUUUGCUGGUCUCUGAAAGGGGCGAGAGAAAAAAGACUUUCCGGAGGAGGAGGAGAUCCUGGAAGCAGCGGGUGCAUUUGUUCAUCUUUGCUGGGGACCACCUGGGGAAGUUUUGUCGCUGGAGACGUUGCAACACUGGGCUUAAGAAUCACAGAUGCUGAUCCUGAACCGUCCCACCCCGGCAUGGAGUGGCAGACUCUGAAGUGGAGAGAGCCUCGAAAGUAGACGGAUCUGAAACACAACCAGAAGAUCACCGAGACCUUUUACAAACAAAUGUUUUUACCCCUGCAGCUCCAUAUUCCUAAUCAGAUUGUAUUCUCUUAGCAAAUGAAAAGCCAGAUGAACGGAACACUGGCUUUGAGGGAUGCAGUGUCACAACUUGAAAGCCGCACCUGGAGAACCUCUGGCAGACCUGGGAAUGGUUUCGGGGUUAGCGGGAGAGAGAAACGAUUCGGUUUUAAAAGGCUGCAUGACAGGGCUGAGGAAUGUGGAUGAAAUAAAAGGGAAUGGGAUUAGAGUCACUCUCCCUACGUCUCUUUUCUAAAAAGGGCAGUUGACAUACAGAUAAAUCAUCUGGAAACGUCACAGCUGCCAGUAAUAUUCCAUCAGGCAGACUGCAGUGCUGUUCCAGCCCUAACCCUGAUGCUUCUUGAGAAGCAAGGAAGUCAUUUCCAAACAGGACGGAUCCUGGUUCACUCUGAAAUGGUGCAUGGGGUAUUUGAAGGCAGACAGGCCUAUCCCACCCAGAUGCAGUCUGCACUCUACCACGCAUCAGCUUUCCUGUAUUCCUCUUGGACGCUCAAUGUGGCUUUCUAGAAGAUGACCAUAGAGGACCUUCCAGACCUUUCCUCAGAAGGAGACUCUUUGAUUGGCAGAUACCAAUUUUUACUCCAAGGUUCUAACACCUCAGUUACUUUUUCAGUUUCUGCAGCACCAAUGCCUUCAGACUGUGAAUUUUCCUUCUUUGAUCCUAAUGAUGCAUCAUGCCAGGAAAUACUUUUUAACCCCAAAACAUCAGUGCCUGAAUUAUUUGCCAUUUUAAGACAGUGGGUCCCCCAAGUCCAGCAGAAUAUUGACAUUAUCGGGAAUGAGAUUAUUAAAAGGGGAUGCAACGUGAAUGAUAGAGAUGGAUUGACGGACAUGACUCUUCUACAUUACACCUGCAAGUCUGGGGCUCAAGGCAUUGGUGAUGUUGAGACAGCUGUAAAAUUUGCCUCUCAUCUUAUUGAUCUGGGGGCAGAUGUCAGUUUGCGAAGCCGUUGGACAAAUAUGAAUGCUUUGCAUUAUGCUGCUUACUUUGAUGUCCCUGAACUUAUAAGGAUAAUUUUGAAGACUUCCAAACCAAAAGAUGUGGAUGCCACUUGCAGUGACUUUGAUUUUGGAACAGCUUUGCACAUUGCUGCAUUUAACCUGUGUUCAGGGGCUGUAAAGUGUUUGCUGGAACAUGAAGCAAAUCCUGCCUUUAGGAAUGACAAAGGGCAGAUCCCGGCUGACGUUGUUCCGGACCCAAUAGAUAUGCCAUUAGAGAUGGCAGAUGCAGCAGCAAGUGCUAAAGAAAUCAAGCAGAUGCUGUUGGAUGCUGUGCCUCUGUCAUGCGACAUCUCAAAAACUAUGCUUCCGAGCUAUGAUCACAUCACAGGCAAAGCUAUGCUUACGUCCCUUGGCUUGAAGUUGGGUGAUCGGGUCAUCAUCGCAGGACAGAAGAUGGGCACAUUAAGAUUUUGUGGCACAACUGAAUUUGCCAGUGGACAGUGGGCUGGCAUUGAGUUGGAUGAACCAGAAGGAAAGAAUAAUGGAAGUGUUGGAAAAGUCCAAUACUUUAAAUGCGCACCGAAAUAUGGUAUUUUUGCACCUCUUUCAAAGAUAAGUAAAGCUUCAAAUCCGAAGAAGAACAUAACAAGAACAACUUCUACUCGAGCUAUUCCUCUCAUCAGGACCCAGAAAAUUGAUGUAACUCAUAUAACUUCAAAAAUAAAUACUGGAUUAGUGUCCUCCAAAAAGGAUGGAGUCCUUGAAUCUUCGCUUAUAUUGCCUCCUGAUGAAGGAAUGAAAAAUACGACUGUGAAAGAAGCUACUCACCUUGGAUCUGUCAGCUCUUCCUCUUCUACAUCCUCCUUGGAGAACAAACAGACUCCUCUCAAGAAUUUGGCUGGUACCAGUAAUAAUAAGAAAGCAGUAAUUAAAAGCUCUUCCACUUCACCCAGAGCCAGUGCUACAGGUUUAAGUAUCUCUGGUAAAUUUGUAGGAAGUACACAUGCCGAAGGAGAACUUCAACUUGGAGACCGAGUCCUGGUGGUAGGCCAGAGGAUUGGCACAGUUAGAUUCUUCGGGACAACAAACUUUGCCCCAGGAUUUUGGUGUGGCAUUGAGCUGGAAAAACCUUAUGGCAAGAAUGAUGGCUCCGUUGGAGGAGUUCAGUACUUCAGUUGUUCUCCAAGAUAUGGAAUAUUUGCUCCUCCAUCCAGGGUAAAGAGACUAACAGAUUCCUUAGAUGUUCUUGCAGGGGUGGCAUCAAGUAAGAGGAAUCAUUCUUUUCCUGGUUUUAGGCGAAGUUUCAGUACAACCUCUGCAUCUUCCCAAAAGGAAAUAAAUAGAAGAAACACUUUUGCCAGCUCCAAAAGUGGUUUAUUACGUCGGAGUUGGAGCAGUACUACUACUGGUGGCCCUGAAGGAAAUGUGAAGCUUCAGGAAGGUUCCCAGGUCCUCCUGACCAGCUCCAACGAGAUGGGCAUUAUUAGGUACGUUGGCCCCGCUGACUUUGCCCCGGGGAUAUGGCUUGGACUUGAACUCAGAAAUGCCAAAGGCAAAAAUGAUGGAUCGGUAGCCGACAAGCGCUAUUUCACCUGUAAGCCAAACCACGGAGUCUUAGUUCGGCCAAGCAGAGUAACGUAUCGUGGCAUCAACGGGUCAAAGCUCGUGGAUGAUGAUUGUUGAACUAAAAAAAAAAAAAAAAAGCAACUCGCCAUCAACUGAACGAAGCCUAGUAUUCUGGAAAUAUGAGAAAUAAAACACACUAAAGGCUCUUGCUUUGUUGUGCGUGGGAAACCAACUGCUUACUUUAUUUACUUGUAAUGUACAUUGUUUGUGAUAUGCCUUUGACCUCAUAUGUCAUUAUAGCACUUUCAGGAUAACCUGGUAGGAAAGGGGUAUGAACCUUGGGAACCAUACAUUUAAAAGCAAUUUCAAAGCUUAUUCAGAAGCUUCCUCAGUGUUGUUAACGGUAAGCCCUAUUAAUGACUACCUAAUGUUCACUCAGCGUAGUUGGUUAUUUGUAGUUAUGCUAUAUAAACAGUUUUCCAUUUAACCAUUUAAUUAUGCAGCAUGUCCUUAAUUCCCAUUGCUUUCCAAACUUCGGGUAAGAUGAUGAUCGUAUUCCCUUCAACUGUAGCUGAGUUGGGGGGAAAUUUUAUACCUUUCUUACCUUAGCAGUAAACAAGAAAAUUACAGUAGCAGAUUUUUAAGUAACUUUUGUGAAAUAGUUGAAUGUCUGACUAUUCAGAGAAACACUAUUUAAGAUAGAGGAAAAGAAUGUACUUUUCUUCAGUAUUGCAUUGGAACAGCUGAUUAAGAGCAAAUUGAGUAUCUGUUGAGAAUUUAUCAAAGAAUUAUGCAUUUACUAAACGCGUUUAGUAAAAAAAAAUCACACAUUAAGAAGCACUUUUCAAACCAUGUUGCACUUUCAUCUCUGUGGAGAGUCUCCUCUUCCACUCCCCCCACCCAUUCCCCCCAUUCCUUGAAGUCCAUUGCCUUCUGUUGCUGCUGGCUAUAAAGAACAUUUUAAUGCAUUUAAAAACAAGGAGCAAAUUGGGAUGAAUUGGUUAGAUGCGGGGAGGGGGAAGGGGGUAUUAGUGAUCUACUUAAAUCUUUCAAAGAGAUAGCUGAAAGUAUGUAUAAUGUAUUCUUAUAUAUUCCUACAUGUAAGGCCCAGUCAUUUAUAUAAUGCAUUUUGUCCCUUUAUUUUAUUACUUAAACUAGUUCUAGUCUUUGCUAAAGUUGUUUUAAAAUUUUAUCAAAUUGUGGCAAAGCACAGGUAUAUGUAUUAGGCUAGUCCACAUAUCAUGCAAGAAGCAGCACUGUAACUUAGAGUUUGUCUUAUGUUGAACAAAAUGAAGUUUAUUUGUGUUAUGAAUUAAUAUUGCUGUUAAAGCAGCCCAAAUAUAUAUGUAUAAAAGACUUAUAUUUUAUUGUAGAUAAUCAGAUUUAAAAAUACCACAAACAUAGCAGAAUAGCGGUUGCUUUAUAAGAUCAAGAUUAUCUUUCAGACUGAAACUGCCUUUGCACUUAAGAUAUUCAGAUGUUUUGCAGUGUAGUAUUUUUAAACUAAUUCUGCAGCUAUGGAAAAGUGUGGAAUUUUAGAUACUAGAGCUAUUUUCCUGAAGUCUCUUUACAAAACAAGGCUGUAAUAUACAUUGUCUUGUAAUAAUGGAAUAUUUUUACUGACAAGAAAAAAGAAUGUAUUAUUUGAAUGUAAGAUUAUUUUAUUAUACAGUUUCUCUGCUACAAUUCAGUUCAUUUAUAUUUGAAGAUGCAGGUGUUUGCUGAUGCACUGAUCUUUUACAGUGGACACAAUACUUCCUCUCCACCUUAAAUGAGAGCACCGUAAACUGGAAUCUGCUUUAUUAAUGCUGUUUCUUAUUUUCUUUUUAGGGAAAUCGAUUUUACUGAUCACAGCCUAGUUGUUUUGUUUUUCUUCCUGAUCCCUUGUCCUACUUAGAUUGAUUACGUGACUAGAACAAGAACCCUAAAACCGCAUUACUGUAUUUGUGUGCAUAAGUAUAUCAACAGUACGUUUUUAAAAUCUUUACUUAUCAAAUGGCCACUUUUCCUGGGAAAGAAUUGCAGCUUCUUGAGCGUAAAUAAAAUGGGCAGCCAUUGUA